CCAUGCAGCGGCCCGGGCUGUUCGGGCGGCUCAAGGCCGCGGUCGUCGGGAUGGUGCACGUGGGAGCGCUGCCAGGGACACCAAGAAGUUCUCUUCCAUUGACCCAGAUCAUUGAUCAAGCUUGUCAAGAGGCAGAAGUUUACAAGGAUGCUGGAGUUGAUGGGUUGAUGCUGGAGAACAUGCACGAUGUGCCAUACACGGUGAGCCCGGGCCCGGAGGUCACCGCAGCCAUGGCUGUGCUUGGUGCUGCUGUCAGACACAGCUGUCCCCGUGUCCCUCUGGGUGUCCAGGUGCUCUGUGCUGCCAACCAGCAGGCAAUAGCCAUUGCUCUGGCUGCAGGUCUUGAUUUUAUCCGGGCUGAAGGGUUUGUGUUUUCUCAUGUGGCUGAUGAAGGGAUUAUAAAUGCCUGUGCAGGUGACCUGCUACGAUACAGAAAACACAUUGGAGCAGACAACAUUCAGAUUUUUGCUGAUAUUAAAAAGAAACAUAGUGCUCACGCCCUGACGGCCGAUGUCAGCGUGGCACAGACGGCGAGCGCUGCCCAGCUGUUCCUGGCCGACGGCGUGGUGCUCACGGGCACGGCCACCGGGCACCCCACGGACCCCCAGCAGCUGCAAGAGGUUAAGCGUGCUGUGAAGAUUCCUGUGCUGGUUGGGUCUGGAGUGACUCUGGAGAAUGUGAGGAAUUACUUGGAUGCAGAUGCUCUAAUAAUUGGUUCCUAUUUCAAGAAAGAAGGAUAUUGGGCAAAUGCUGUUGAUCCUGACCGAGUCAAGAAAUUCAUGGAACACAUAAGUAAACUGAGGGAAUGAGUUUGUCAGCAAACACUGUUUGUUUGUGUUUGUUUGUAGAAAUGCAGUGUGGUGAGUCCUACAGAAUUAAAGCACAAAUGCGUGGCUGAAUGGCAAAUAAUACCAAAUAAAAAUGCACAUCAUCUCCAUAACUAGCUGGGAAGUUGGUGACAUACUGCACAAUAACCUGCUGCUCUGAUGUUUGCUUCUAGGCAGCACAUUUCUGUGGUGCUCAAACCCACCAUCAAUGCAAAGCCAACUCUGAAAUCUUGUGUGAGAUAUUCUCUCCUGUAAGGUAAAUGCUUAUGGAGUUUAAGAAUUUUUAGAAAAUGUUCAUCACAGGUGAGCUGAGUUCUGCUUUGCCUUUAAGUACAAUAGGAUGCCCUAAGUUUACAGCUAAAAGUGUUGUACAUUGGACAAGUUAAUUAGCCUUUCAGUUUCCCCAUCUGUAAAAUGAUGAUAAUAGCACCUACAUCACACAGGGGCCAUAAGACAUAAUGAAGGAAAGAAUGUACAGCACUUUCAUCUCUCUAAAUUAAGGGCUCUUUUAAAGUUCAAGAUCAUUAUUUUUUCAUUAGAAUUGUGCAUUUAUACAAUUGCUACAUUUUUGUAAUACCACACAAAAAUUUAAGAUAAUUGGGGUAUUGAUUUACUUACAAUACUUAUUAGAGAAUAAAUGUAAAUAUUUAAUUACGUUUAAAUAGAUUUGGAAUGUAGUCAAAAUGCUUUUGCAAAAACUGGAAAUUUUAAUAAAGGUUUAUUAUUUUUCAGCAAA